CGGCGGUCGUGGGCGGGCUAGCGUCCGCCCGGGCUUCUCCGAAUUUGGAGUUUUUUUUCGCGGCGCACGGGGACCCGGAUCACGCCCUGUAUCAUGUGGUACAUCACGUUCUCGAACGUGAUUAGUCACGCGGGUAUCACCCAUCUACUCUCACACCUUUUUCUACUCAUCGCUAACUGUCUACUCCAACAUGCUUAAACAGGUCGCUUUUCCCCCAGAGGUGUUGGCUAGAAUAGCCCCCGACAUCUCGCUCCAGAGGCAUUUGUCCAUUGGAUUGAGACCAAACCUCCGUAACUUCACCGAAUUCAAACCCCUCGAGAUUGCCGAUGGUACUGCCUUCAAGAACUCCAAUCCAAACGUCGUCGGCUCCUCCGUCAUCAAAAGCGGCUCUACAACAGUGAUGAAUGUCAUCACCUUGGGCAUAGUCGACAACUCGGUCCAAGUCGACGCCCAGGGCCCCUAUAGCUCGGUGUACCCAGUCAUUGAAAUUCUCAGAGGAAGAUCAGGAGAACCAACGGAUGAAGACAUGAUUCUUGCACAGUCCAUACAUGAAACCAUAUUACACAGCAAGAUCAUACCCUCGGGCUCGCUUGAGAUCAAAAACGUGGGUAUCCAGGUCACCGAAGACGAAAAGUCCAGAAUCAUCUAUCCUGAUUUACAUCCCGAGGAAUAUUCCCUUGUACGCAACCCAUCGGCUGUGACCCAUGCUGGCUCCAAGUCCUACUCUUUUGUUCUUCUUUCCAAUAUCAAGAUCUUUUCAAAGUCGGUGAGUACCUCCUCCUUGUUUGACUUAUGUCACCUUUCCACCAUAAAUGCAUUGUCGUCCAUUUCCUUGCCACGAGUCUACAUUGGAGAAUCGGAUGCUCACACCGCGUCUGCCUCUAUUGCCAGAUCUAGAAGAUCCAAUAAGAGAAGCUUGAUAUCCACCCAGUCCGACUCUAACCUCACUAUUGAUACCAGCACUGAGUUACAGAGUCCCCUCAAACUCGAGCUGACAGACGCGAUGGACGUUGAUUCCAAGGGACAGUUCGACCACUCAGGCAUCUCUUCGAACUUCGGUCUAGUUACCAUUCCAGGGGAUGAUGAGAACCAAGCCAAAACAGUGUUAUUGGCUGAUUUGGAAGGUGAAGCAGAAGAGACCUCCAUUUUCUCCAGGAUUUCGGUAAUAGCCAACAAAUCCGACAGGUUGAAGAGAAUCAGUUUGAUAAACGGCGAUGGUGGUAUCAGUCUCGAGGCACUCAAGAAAUCCAUCGAGAUUGCCAAAUUGAGAGCAAGAGAAUUUGAAGCCUAAUGAGAUCGGCGUCUGCUACAGUGUGUACCGUCCAUUGAAUUUCCUUUUUCACUCACUAUACAUGGUCAAAUAGAAUAUAGCAACUUUACCGUUGCAAUGUAC